AAAAAAAAAAGUGUACCCGUCACACGAAAGAGAGAGAAAAAAAAUAGUCAAAGAAUCGAACUAAGGUUAUGUUGCACUAUAUUCCGCCUUAAAAAAAAACAACGAGCUCCUCUGGUGUACUGCAAUAGAACAGCAGAGAGAGGACCUAGUGAGAAUAAAAAAAAAAAAAGAUAAUGGAAUAAGUGUAGGCGAGGGAACGAUACAAAAAAAAGCAGCACCAACAGAUGACGGUAAACGUCAUUGGACUGGCAUUCGAUGAUACAAACAGACAGGAAUUGAUUUUUUUCUUUUCCCCCCAAGAGCCAAUUGAAGAUUUAGAAUAAAAUAAUUGAAUAUGCCGCAGUGAGUAUCGAGAUUCUCCUCGUCUUGUCCAUACUUGAAAAUAUAUACAUAAUAUAUGUGGAUGCCGUUGGUGCAAGCGUCGAUAUGGAUAUCAGGACGGUGGCUGCAUCGGCGAUAAAUUCCAGCCGACCACUUUUUUUAUUUUUUUUUUAUUACUUUUUAUUAUGUAAAUACACGACGCGUGAUGUAAGCCCGCGCGGCCGACCGAUCAUGCUUGCGACAUGAUAAGACAUUUCAUCCUGUCGCCACUUUGCUGAAAGAGCUGCUGUCCUGAGGAGAAAAACAACGAAGGGGCGGGUGUUUGGAGGCAAAUAGAGGAAGGUAAAUAUAAGGGAGCAAUGGACGAGCGCCGUGUGGCGGAUUACUUCGUCGUCGUUGGCCUGCCGGACCAGGACGACGACGACGAGAACGGGUCGAAGCUGAAAGACUGGAGUCAGGAGGACACGUAUCUCAAGGACACGAACGUGCUGGCGCCGAUCACCGAUCUGGCGAUCAUUUUCCCGGCGCUCGGAGAAACCUGCCCCGAAGGCUUUACUCUGCUCGAGUACACGGUCACUGGAUUCAAGGCGGACCUGAACCACGGCAGUUUGAGGAGCGAAGAGUGUUACUUGUGUUUUCGAAGGGGCAGGGACAAACCACCGCUGGUCGACAUCGGCGUUCUAUACGAUGGAAAGGAGCGAAUAAUGAAGGAUGCGGAAAUCGUGAAGCACACACCGUCCGGCCUGGUGGCUAACGUGAACAAUUCGACGGCAAGGAUAUUCGUGACUUACCGGCGGGCGAGUAAAAAAAUGCCCUGCAAUUCCUUGGUGGUAACGGACAUUUGUGUUAUUCUGGUAAACAAGGGAGAAACGCCGCCUCACGCGUUUUGCGUGAUACCGAAAAAUUUGAACAAGGGUCUGCUCGGCAGUGACGUUUACUUGUGUUACAAAAAGUCGAUGAACCGGGCCAAUUUGAUCUCGUUCGAGCCGGAAAUUUUGUACAAGUACCCCACGACUGACUACGAUAGUUUUGGUUUUCAAAAGGACGUGGCCUUGUUUUGCUUGCCGAUGAAAGCGACGAUCGAGUGCUGGCCGAAAAUCGCGAGCAAGCCCAGGCCCGUUUUCUCGACGUUCGUUUUGACCGUGGCCAAUGCGGCACAGAAAAUUUAUGGAUCUGCGAUUACUUUUUACGAGGAGGUGUUGCCUCCAGAUAGUAUUAUAGAAAACGAAAAAGACGACCUUGAUGUCCCGGAGAACGACACAACUGAACAAACAACGGAGCCGUCCAAAACAAGUAACUCCAAGCCAAAUGCGAAGACUGAGCCAUUCAAAAAGUUUGGCAUAUUGAAAAAGCUGAACCAAGCGCAGCUCGACAAGCUGCAAUACAACGAUCCAUCCAGUCAGUCCCUGAACAUAAGCAAGUCCAUAUGCAUCCUGUCGCACUGGCCAUUUUUCGACACGUUCGAGCGUUUCCUCAACUUCCUGCACAGCCUCGUGAACGGCGAGCCCCAAGGUGUGCCCAUCGAGAAGUACAUAUCGUACUUCCUUUGCGACAUACCCUUCCCGAGCCCCCAGAGGCCCCGGAUCUUGGUGCAGCUGAGCUCCCACGACCGACUGAUUCUCACCCAACCCGAGGACUUGGCCCUUCCCCGUUCGGGCGCCAGUUUCAGGCAGUUGCUCCUCAACUUAGGAGCUGACAACUGUUUGCUGAUACUACUGUUGACCCUGACCGAACAGAAGAUCCUCGUGCACUCGUUGCGCCCGGACGUACUUACGUCGGUGAGCGAAGCCAUAGCCAUGAUUCUGUUUCCACUCAAGUGGCAACUCCCCUACAUUCCACUCUGUCCGCUCAGCUUGGCCGGGAUAAUCCACGCGCCCAUGCCCUUCCUCAUUGGUGUCGAUUCGCGUUUCUUUGAUCUUUGCGACCUUCCCAACGACGUCAACUGCGUCAACCUCGACACCAACAACAUCGCCAUCUGCGAGGACAAACGUCACUUGAGCAUUAAACUAUUGCCCAAAAAACCCGGACGGUUACUCAAGAAUACCCUCGAAAGAAUAUACCUGAAGCUGUUGUCUAUCAAUCGCGAUCACCAACAGGAGGAACUUUCGGGUAAUUUUGACGAUAGAGACUUUAGUGUGGAUAGAGAGUUUCAGCAGAAGCGCAGGGAGCAGGGCUUGGAGCUCGAGAUUCAGGACGCGUUUUUGCGAUUUAUGGCGAUGAUAUUGAAGGGCUACCGGUCGUACCUACUACCGAUCACUAAGGCGCCCACUGUGGGCACCACAGACAUAAAAAAGCUUUUCAAAGAAGACGACUUUUUGAGAAGUCGAGAUAAAACUCACGCCAAGUUUUACAGUAUGCUCGUCGGCACGCAGAUGUUUACAAGGUUCAUUGAAAAACGAACUUUCGACUCCGACAUGGACAUGGCUGGCCUUGUCUUUUUCGACGAAUGUACCGAAAGGGUCGAGGAGGAAAAUGUGAUGCUUUUGGAAUUGGACGAAUCGCAACACAGCGAAAGAACAGUUUUCAUACCACCACCUGAACCAGGACUCAAUCAGCCACCCAUAGUGUACGACACUUUCAAGCUAGACACGAAGCUCAUGCGUCCACAGAAGAGCUUUAUUUUGAAAAAUCCAGCAUUCAAUUCGUUCAGCAUGACUCCCGGCAGUCCCAUGGCUCGCAGGACAAAGCACGAAAUCAAAGUAGCCCAAAGAAUGGCUCGUAAGCAGGCCGCUUUACCAGAACGCUGGGGUCGCUGUUUGCUCAACACUUGUUUUAGUUUGUGGUUUUUGCACUUACCGGCCAUGUUGCAAGUGUCCACUCAACCUGCCAACGUUUUGCACCAAGCUUAUGAAUUACUGGUGAAAAUGCAAAAACUUCGUUUAAACCCCAUUGAGGAGGUUUGUUAUCGUGCAAUGAUGCAACUGUGUGGAGUGUAUGAGCAGCCGUUACUUGCCGUCAAAUUACUUUUUCACAUGAAGCGAAGCGGCGUUCAACCAAAUGCACUUACGUAUGGAUUCUACAACAAAGCCGUCCUGGAAGCAACGUGGCCCUCCGACAUGACGAAUUCGAGUCAGUUGAUGUGGAACAAACUGCGGAACGUGAUCGUGGGUGCGGCUCUAUUUAAAAAAGCUGGAAAAAAGACUGCCAGGCGUCGUCUAAGUUCGAACAAUGAGGCUUUACUCUCCGGUGACGAUAUAAAAGUCCAGAAUAUGGAACACGCGAUCUCUCGGUCGAGUCUCGACAGCACACACUCGCAAGACACCGAAGCUGCCCACAGUGACUCUCUAAAAGAUAGUUCUAUACCCGAUCUCCCUACGUUUGGGAUGAACGAAAAGAAAAAACAACUCCCGAGACAAAAUAGCAUAGUCAAAGACACGGCUAACAUUUGUAAUUCGCAACCGGAAGCUCUCAACCGCUCACCGAGUGAUCCUCGCUUAAUAAGAAGUAUAGAGUCUCCUGUAAAAAGUCCCGUGAGAACCCCAGUGACAGAAAACGACCCACUGGGUGCUCUAGCCAACGAUGACACGCCAAUAGUGUCGCCUUGCGAAGAAAACGAUUCAAACUGCUCAACGAGCACACUAACCGUCCUAAACAAUGUGAUCGAUGACAACAGACCUGGUGGUCCUUUACUUUUUCGCAGCAAUAUUAUACCUCGAAGUGCAACUUUCCAUCAAGCGGGAGAAGAAUGCAGCAACAUAAGCAUAGGUGGUCACCUACAACGCAGUGAAACGAUGCCACAUUCGGUACAGGGGGUUGAGCAAGAACGUGAACAAGAACGGCUUGAAAUAGGAAGCAUUUGGUCUCAAAAUAAAGACAGCGUAACUUCAAGCUUAUCCAGCAUUGGGUCCAGUCUCAAGCUUAGCUUUGGACGUUACUCGACCGGAGGACUUGCCUUUGCCAAAAAUAAGGAUUUGAUAUCAACAAAUCAGCUGAUCGAAUCUCUCAGUCUCUCCAGUUACAUCAGUCCGUCUGGUCUGACCGGCAAAAAAUCGAACGAGCUGAUCCUCGGCGGCCUAAACAGCCUAAAGUCGACGGUUGUGAAGAAGUUUGACGAAAUCAAGGAGGCCAUCUCGGCAACCAGUACACCCGUCAAGAUAAAAGACCGCGACUACCGACUGACCUACGGCAUAUCCCAUGAAAGUCUCGACUCCCUCACCGACGGCUCGCAGCAGGACCGGAACGAACUCUCAGCCAGGAUGGCCGGGGACGCGAGCGUGGAUCUGAGCUCACUGUACGAGCUGGCCGAGUGCCUCUACCCGAAGGUCUCGCGGGAGGUUGACGAGCGCUACGCGGUCGAAUUGGUGCUGUCGAGCGCUAGUCGUUGCCACAACUGCUCGGCCAUCCUCUACGACGAGGAGAUCAUGGCAGGCUGGCAGCCGGAGGACUCGAAUUUAAACACCAUUUGCCAGUUCUGCGACAAGGCCACGGUUCCCUUGCUCACCGUUACCAUUCUGGAUUACAGGUGUGAAAACGGCGAAGCGAGCCACGAUCCCCUGAUGGCAGGCCUCCUGCAAGAGCCGCGCGAACUGCCCGAGCCGAUAAGCGUCCCGUACCUCAACCCCCUGGUGCUGCGCAAGGAGCUCGAGAGUGUCCUCAGUCAGGAGGGCGACGCCUGCCUCACCAAGCAAACGUUCAUCCAGGAGCACCCCAUCGUCUACUGGAACCUCAUCUGGUACUACGAGCGCAUCAACCUGACGAGCCACUUGCCCGAGCUCUGGUUGGGCGACUGCGAGCCCCGCGGCGAGCCCCUCACCACCACAUGCGCCACAGUGGGCGUCCGCACCCUCUGGGACAACGAGAAGCUCCACAUGGACCGGCUACCCAUGUACAUCCAGUGGCGGAACAACAUCGAGGACAGGGCGUUCAUGCAAAACGUGAUUACGUACGUGAGGCGCAACGACUUGGUCGAGCCGAUCAGGAGAGUCGCGCUGGAGCGCAACAAGAGCCGAGGCAACGAGCAAACGUCCUUUUCCAUCUACCGCGACAUCCUUUUCCUGGCUUUCAUCGUCCUCGGCAGGGGAAACAUCGAUCAGGGAAUAUUCGAUCGCGAGUACACGCUUUCGCUGGACAAACUGACCGAGGGCGAAGAGUCGCUGUUGUGCUCGAUUGACGCGGCCCCGUCGCUCAUGACACUCUAUUGCCGGCACUUUUUCAAACAACUGAACGUCUGAUUGCUCUCACACGUGGUGGGAAUGGGAUGCGAGUACAAAAUGAAUAACGCAGCUGUCGACGAAUGUAAUAUACGAAAAACGGGCAAGAGCAAUCUUCUUUGUGUUAAAACUGUCGCGAAUGUAUACGAAAUAUGGAGAGGAAGUUUAACAAAAAAUGAAAAAAAAAGUAGUGAUUAUUGCUAUCGUUGCUGGUUACUGCACGUGCACGAGUGCCAUGCACACUGUGAAGAAUGCGUUCAGCGUCUCGCGAGCACGAGCUUCGACGGAAUAUGCACGGUUUAUAUAUUUUUAUAAAGAAAGAACAAUGACCUUGGCUUGAGAAGCUUGAGGACAUGUGUGCGUGUAAGUGUGCGAGCGAGAGAAAAAAGCGAACAAACAAAGAUUCGAUCAAAUACGAGGCGCAGAUAUAUUUAACAGUCGACUCAGAAAGGCUGAAGCUCGUCGGAGCCUUUCAUAGAUUAUACAUAUAAAUAAAGUUGAAUUAUUUUAUAAA